AGUACGGCGUUGAAUUGCAGACGUCGGGGGAAAUUUAGAUACUGUAACUACGGAUAACUAACGGUACUACAUCAUCACCUCCACCGAUGUGGGGUAACUGCUGGCCUGACUCACUAAAUCUAGUAGUCUAGUUAGUUAUGCGGUCCCUAAACUACGUUCAGCGUGUUAGUCUGGAUUUCACAGGGACUCUGUUUCCACAUGCAAUAUGUCUCGGAGAUGCAGACAAUGACUCGUUGAACGAGCUGAUCGUGGGCGACACCAGUGGAAAGCUGUACGUGUAUAAAAAUGACGACUCCAAACCCCGGAUCACUAGGACCUGUGUGGGGAUGCUGACAUGUGUUGCCGUUGGGGAUGUCUGCAACAAAGGAAAGAACUUUGUGGUAGCUGUGGGUGCAGAGGGAUGGUUUCACCUCUUUGACCUGACAGGGGCUGCUAUUGGCAAACCAGAUUCAUCUAGCCAACAUGAAGCCCAGUUCCCUGAUGACCAGAGGCCCUUCUUCACCCAGCACAUUCCUGCCAACACCAAAGUAAUCCUCAUUAGUGAUAUUGAUGGUGAUGGUCGCAGCGAGCUAGUGGUGGGUUACACAGAUCGUGUGGUGCGAGCGUUUCGAUGGGAGGAGCCGUCCGAGUCUUCAGACGUGGGAUCCGGACAGCUGGUGCUGCUCAAGAAGUGGCUUCUGGAGGGACAGGUGGACAGUCUGUCAGUGAACCCAAGUCCAGAGGGAUUACCAGAGCUUAUAGUGUCCCAGCCAGGCUGUGGCUAUGCCAUCUUGCUGUGUUCCUGGACACAACAUGGGGCCACCGGAGCUGCUUCUGGGGAAGAGGCCCCUGCCACACCUGGGGGUGAGGGGCCUUCCAGAGAUGUAAUUCUCCACCUUACCACUGGGCGGAUACAUAACAAAAACGUGUCUACUCACCUAAUAGGAAGCAUAAGCAGAGGGUCAAAAGAGGAAUCUUCCAGAUGUGGACUCUUUGCUCUCUGCACUCUGGAUGGAACCCUGAAGCUGAUGGACAGUUCGGAGCAGCUGCUGUGGUCGGUGCAGGUUGAUCAUCAGCUCUUUGCCUUGCAGAAGCUGGACGUGACUGGGGACGGCAGGGAGGAGGUCGUGGCGUGCGCCUGGGAUGGCCAGACCUACAUCAUCGACCACAACCGCAUGGUGGUCCGCUUCCAGUUCGAUGAGAAUGUGAAUGCCUUCUGUGCAGGGCAGUACACCUGUAAGGAGGGCAAGAACAGCCCAUGCUUGGUGUAUGUCAGCUUUAACCACAAGAUCUAUGUCUACUGGAGGGUGAAGCUGGAGCGCAUGGAGCCUACCAACCUGCUGCGGAUCCUGGAGGAGAAACCAGAGUUCAGAGACCGGUUGAAACAGCUGGGAGUGGAUGCUGAGGACACGGCGGCAGUAAGAGAGCUGGUGACAGAUUUGCUCUACAAGGACGCACAGAUGAAGCGCCGCGAUGCACAUUAACGGAUGCUGUCUUCAGGUUCCUGCCGACAGUCAGACAUGCUUGUGCCCACUAAUUCCCUGUCAGCACUUCUUCAUAAAAGACCAAAUCAGCAAAGUCGACGUGUCGGACUGAACUUACAUCAGCGAAACGGCGCAGGAGAGAAAAUAUACAAAGAAAGCCGAUCUCCUGAACUAAUGGGACGAUGCUUCAACAAAAAUAGAAGAGCACCUUGGCACGAAACGCAGCCCGAACCUAGUGAUUACUGCUCCUGAAGGAGACGAGGGAAGGCAGCCGGGGUCGGCUCUUGGCAGCUUCUUGCGACCGGAGCUCGGGUGGAGGAGCUGUUGAGAUUGGUACAGUUGACGAAACCGACUCCUAAUUUUCCCAUGUGAAACUCCAGCCAUAUCAAAACAUAAGAGCCCCACUCGGCACACACACACGUGCAAGCAAACACACACACACACACACACGUGCACGCACGCGGCCAUGCACACAGACUCGCAUACACACGGUCUCAUCACACGCACACACGCCAUCA